AAUUCCUCUCUUUAAUUUUGACGUAUACGGUACACCAUGCGGGAAAAUUUGUUGCCGUAGAGUGUUUUAUUACUGCAAAGUUUUAUACAAUUGUGCUUCCUAGUUAUUUAUUAAAAAACCGACACUGUAUUUCUUGCAAAAUUGAGUGCAUUAUUCACAUAGAAGCAAUUUUAUAUGAAAAACACGUGACGAGGUUAUAAUCGCUAUGGGUGAAGUAAAAUUAGCAAAAAACAGCAAUCAGUGUAAAACGAUAGCAAUACGUUAUCGUUUUGUACUGGAAACUGUUGGAGAAGAACAACGCGUGAAGUUUGUUCCACAUCAAGUUAGAAAAUUGAAAGUUGAACUGCCAGAAGAAGUGCAAGAAGAGUUGACACCAGAAAACGUGGAGUAUGAAGAUGAUGUUGAAUAUUUAAGAAGCUUAGAUCCAAAAGAGUGGAAGAGUCAGGAUCAUUACAAAGUUCUGGGAAUUCCAACUCUUAGAUUUAGAGCCACCGAGGAAAUUAUUAAAACAGCAUAUCGAAAAAAGGUUUUGAAACACCAUCCUGAUAAACGAAAAGCCUUAGGAGAAGAAGUAAAAGCUGAUGACGAUUAUUUCACAUGCAUAACCAUGGCAUAUGAAAUAUUAGGUAAUUCAAGUAGGAGACGAUCAUAUGAUUCGGUGGAUCCAGACUUUGACAACAAUAUUCCAAGUGGAGGAGAAUUAAAAAAAGAUUUCUACGAAACUUUUAAGUAUUAUUUUGAUUUAAAUUCUCGUUGGUCUGAGAAGCCAGUUGUUCCAAAGUUAGGAGGACCGGAUUCAAGUCGAGAAGAAGUUGAAAAAUUUUAUUCAUUCUGGUAUGAUUUCAAAUCAUGGCGCGAAUAUUCUUAUGAGGAUGAAGAAGACAAAGAAAAAUGUCAAGACCGAGACGAACGUCGGUAUGUCGAUAAAUUGAACAAAGCUGAACGUCUUAGAAAGAAGAAAGAAGAAAUGUCAAGAGUACGAAGUUUAGUAGAUUUAGCUUACAAUAACGAUCCUAGAAUAGCGAAAAUUAAACAAGAAGAAAAAGAGAAGAAAUUGGCGGCGAAGAGAGCGAAGCAAACAGCAGCCCAAGCUAAAAAAGAAGAAGAAGAAAGAAUACUCAGGGAAGCGCAAUUACUGAAAGAGCAAGCUGAAGCUGCGGAACGUGCAAGAAUCGAAGCUAAACGUCAAGAACGAGAAGUACAGAAGAGAGCGUUGAAAAAGGAAAGAAAAAUAUUGAGAGAUUUUUGCAAAGCCAAUAAUUACUUUGCCGAGAAUAGCGAACAAAAUAUAAAUAAUAUGACUGGUCUUGAAACAAUAUGUGAAGUGUUUUCCUUGGAAGAGUUGGAGGAGUUGAAUAAAAACAUGCAAAGUAAUGGAAAAUCUGCAUUUGAAAAAGCAUUAAAAGACAUCAACGAGCGCAUGGAGAAAGAGAAGCAAGAAGUAAUCGAAGCCGCAAAACAAAAAUCCAGUGAAAAUAAUAAAGAGGCAGUGGCAAAAGCUGUUCCAGACUGGAAUCAAGAAAAUAUACAGCUUUUAGUGAAAGCGGUGAACUUAUUUCCUGCAGGCACAAAUCAGAGGUGGGAAGUGGUAGCAAAUUUCAUUAAUCAACAUGGAACGUUCAAUACCAGCGCAAGAUUUAAUGCAAAAUUCGUAUUAGCAAAAGCAAAAGAUUUACAAAAUACAGACUUUUCUAAAAAUAAUUUAAAAGACGUUGCUAACAAGCAGGCCUUUGACAAUUUUAAAAAGGAUAAGCGCACUGUGUUAAAUGUUGAUGAGUCUAGUAUUUCCAAAAAGUUGGAUGGUAUCUCGCUUAACGGUGAUAAAAAAAUUACCAAUGGAGAUGUGAAAGUAAAACAAGAAACGCCUUGGACAACCACAGAGCAACAACUCCUGGAACAAGCAUUAAAGACUUAUCCUGCAUCUACUGCUGAAAGAUGGGAUAGAAUUGCAGAGUGUAUUCCAAAUAGAAGUAAAAAGGAAUGUAUCAAAAGGUACAAGGAGCUUGUUGAAACUGUGAAAGCGAAGAAAGCGGCACAAGCAGCUGUUAGCACGAAAUAGCAACAUAGAUACACCAUCUCACUUAUUUAUUUGAUUCUGUGAAGCCUGAUGACUUAACAAUAAUGCCAAUUGUAAAUCUGUAAUAAAGUUGAUAAAUUAGUACUUUCCUUUAUUAAUAUUUAGAAUGUCAAUAAAAUCAGCUCUGCAAUUUA